AUGACUGUGUUGGCGAAACGUCUGGAGGAACUGACAACCAAAUCAGCAGCCGUUGAUAACAACAUUAUCUCUCAUUUCUUAAAGGUCUGUUUAUGGGGUAAUAAAUGCGAUUUAUCGCUUUCCUGUGGCGAAAAUGUUGCGUCAUAUUCACCGUUGGAUAUGGUUGAUCAGCUGGCUGACAAAAUCCUCUGUGAUCAAGUUGAUGAAGCGGAACGUAUCCUGAGCAGCGGCAGAGUGAAUCGUAUUGAUAUAGUUCUUGACAAUGCAGGUCUUGAACUGUUCGGUGAUCUAGCAGUUGCAGAAUUGUUGGUCGACAAGCGUGGCGUUCACAAAGUCCACUUUCAUGGAAAGGUUCUUUCUUGCAAUCACUUAUCUAAACGACAAAAUUGCCAAUUUCCGUGUCUCCAGCUGACAAACAUAUGUCCGAUGCUUUAUCACUUCAUAAACCGUUAA